GAACAGACAAUAUUAUGAAGCUAAUCAAAAUCAAAAGACCAGCGAUCGCUAGCCCACGGUACGGUCACUUCCUGUUCGGAAUCGUUUGUGGGCUGAUCGUGUCCCGGAUGCUGCUCCUUCCCCGCAAUGGCGAGCCACCGCGUCCCGAUCUGUCCGAGAGCGUGCGAGUGCUGUGCUGGGUGAUGACAGCUCCCGAGAACCAUCGGGAGAAGGUGCCACACAUCAAGGCCACCUGGGGCGCUCGGUGUAACAAGCUGCUCAUCAUGAGCUCGGUGGCCGAUGAGUCCAUCGGCAGUAUCGGGCUGCCGGUGGGCGAGGGUCGCCAGAGCUUGUGGAACAAAACGCGUGAAGCGUUCCGGUACAUCUACCGGCACCACUUGGAGGAGUACGAUUGGUUCUUCAAAGCGGACGACGAUACGUACGUGGUGGUGGAAAAUUUACGCUACUUCCUGCACGCGUACUCGCCCGAGAUGCCGAUCUACUUCGGGAGUAAAUUUCGCUAUCCGGAGUACGUUCGGCAGGGGUACUUCUCCGGCGGAGCCGGCUAUGUGCUGAGUCGCGAGGCGGUCCGGCGCUUCAACGAGAUGGCCCUCGAGGACGAGGAGCACUGUUCGGCCGAGUACGAUACGGAGGAUCUGGAAAUGGGCAAGUGCAUGGAAAGCGUUAACGUGACGGCCGGGGACUCACGGGAUACGCUCGGAAGAAAACGCUUCCUACCGAUGGAGCCCGUCUUCCACCUGACCAGCUCGGUGACGGAGGACCCGGACUUCUGGUACAACCAGUACUCGUACUACGAGCCGUACUACGGAAAGAAUUGCUGCUCGGAUUUGGCCAUUAGCUUCCAUUACGUGCCGGGCAAGCAUAUGCACAUGAUGGACUACCUGAUCUACGAUCUGCGUGCGUGGGGAUCCAGCUACGCAUAUCCUCCGAUCCCGAGGGAGAAAAGUCUCCAGGAGGCGAUGGCCAUUGCUGGACCGUAUGAGGCGAAAAUUUCAAGCACCGAAGCCCAAUCUACCACGGAGCAUGGUAAUUAG